AUGGGACAACAACUAUCUAGAGAGAUUUUGAAAGAGGAAAUCGAAGGAAAUCUAAAGCUUGCAUUCCUCUCACAACACCAAGAGAAUCAAGAAUUCGAUAAUAAUAACAAUAAUCUUGCUACUUGUUGUUGUCAAAGAGGUUUAGUUGAUAGAUACUUUUAUUAUUUAUCAAAGAAGAAAGAGAAUAACUAUAUAGAACAAUUGAUACAAUCGUUUGACAAAUCAGUACUAUUAAGAAAGACGCUAGAUGCUGAAUUAGAGGAACAACUACAAAAGAAAGAGGCAUUACAUUCAUCAAGAGAACAAUUACCAUCUUUAUCAAAUAGUAAUAAUAAUAAUAACAAUAACAAUAGCAGUAAUAGUAAUAGUAGUAGCAAUAGUAAUAAUGAUGAUCAACCAUCGAUAUUAAAUCGUAUAGAAUAUCAACCAUAUUCAUUGCAAUCAGCACAGCUUGAAGGUGAUGAAAUAUUCAUUCAUAUCAUUGAGAAAUGCUAUAAUGAAAUGAAAUUUGAACCAACAUUGUUUGAAAGAGUAUAUGUUCCACAAUCAAUGAAUAAUCAAUAUAAAUUACAACCGAAUGAAAUACUUACCAGUUGGGAAUACUUUGAUGAGAUAAACUCUACUCCGAUCUUCUAUCAAAUCAACCCAUUGUACAAUAUGAUAAACUCUGAUAACUAUAUAGUGCAAGAGAAGACACUAACCAAACUGAAUCAAUCAAACUUUGAACAAGCAACAAAACUCGUUAGUUUCCUUCAUGACAAGGAGAUUGUACACGGUGACUUGUCACCCGCUUCGAUUGCACUCGACAACAACAUGUGGCUCGGUCUGCACGGCUUCAAAUUCCCUUCGGCGCCGCUCUACUACGAGCCUGCACCAGACUCGGCUGUCACUCUCUGGGUGCAAGGCAGCAUGUCCAACUACAACUAUCUGCUGCUGUUGAAUCAUCUGGCGCAUCGGCGUCACGGCGACCACAUGAAACACCCGGUACUUCCUUGGAUCAUCGACUUUACUCGUCAUCCAUUCCAGUCGCCGCCAAGCUGGCGUGACUUGACCAAGACCAAAUAUCGUCUCAACAAAGGUGAUGAACAAUUGGAUUUCCAAUUCCAGAAUGCACAUAAUUCACCUCACCACAUCUCUGACAUCCUCUCGGAACUGACCUACUACAGCUACUUGGCAAGACGCACCUCUGUCCCAAUACUGAGAAGAUUCGUUCGUUCCAACUACGAACCAAAUGAGUAUCCCUCGACGAUGGAGAGACUCUAUCGUUGGACUCCCGACGAAUGUAUCCCGGAAUUCUUUACCGAUCCAACCAUUUUCAAGUCGAUUCACAGCGAUAUGCCCGAUCUCGCAAUACCCGAGUGGGCGUCGACACCCGAGGAGUUCAUCGCCAUCCACAUGUCGGCACUCGAAUCGGAACCGGUCUCUAAACAGCUACACAACUGGAUUGACUUGACAUUUGGUUAUCUGCUAAGUGGCGAAGCUGCAAUCGCCGCAAAGAACGUCGCACUCGUCGAUACCUCGGUACCGCGCACCAGUGGAAUCGUACAGCUGUUUGCCAAGCCACAUCCACCCAAGAAGACAUCGACCUCCACCAACUCGGAUCUAUUCAAACAACUCUCGAACGAGCCAAUUAUCAGAUUCAACGAACAGCAAUCUUCGUAUUUGAAUCAAUCGUUUGGUGACAGCUCUAUGAAUCCACUUCAGAACAGCAGUAGUGCAGGCAACGUUUCAAUAAUCUCAUCGAUAACAGCUUCGGUUGGACCGAUUUCUCUUGGACCAUCGUCAACAAUCACCAACUCCAACCAACUAUCACAAUCUGCAUUCAUUCAACCACAGACAUCAAACGCUAACAACCGUUCAUCCACAGCCAUCGCCGCCAACAACAAUCCCAUUUCCAACUCCACCUCUUCCAUGUCCAACAAUCAAUCCACCACCACCUAUUCAAAACCUACAACCAAGAAAGAAGAUAGUGCUAAAACAUUUGCUAAAUUCUUACCAUCACUAUUUAAUAAUAACAACAAUAAUAAUAAUAAUAAUAAUAACAAUAACACUAACAAUAGCAAUAAUAAUAAUAGUAAUGAUCCAACUGCUGGUGGAUCACCAGAUUCAACACAACUUUAUAAUUAUAAUCAAAAACCGAUGGUACAUUCUAAAUCUGAGGAAACUAUCAAUAAGAGAUACUCUGGUAUUGUUACUUCAAGACAGAAUUCUGGAUCACCAAUGAAAGAGUUGAUGGUUAAUUCCGAUAGUGCAAUCAGCACUGUUACUACUCCACCAUCACCCUCAACAUUCAAUCGUGGUUCUUCAGACAUUGAUAUCACACCACCCAGUCCGAUCUCACCGGAUCUUCCAAUAACACACAUCAUAGAACCGCUACCAGCAGAUCUUGAUUUCGAUCUCUAUGAUUAUGAAAGACUUUCAAAUCAAGGCAUUUGGGAAUCGUCUGGCACACUCGGUACCAAUAGCAACAAUAGUGCAGUGGCACCUGAUAUCUUCCUACAGGAUCUACAGAUCUGUGAGAAUAGCUUGUCUUUUAACCAGUCGUUUGCCAAUUUGACACCGAUCUACCGUCCAUUGGAAUUCGAUCGAUCGCAACAACAGCUACCUGGAUUCCUCGCGUAUCUCACCCACAAGAAAAUGACACCCCUCGAAGUCAUGAAGUCCAACGAUAUGUAUGCCAUUGGUUGUAUCAUUGCAGAGCUCUAUCAAGGUGCACCACUCUUCACAUCUUCAAGCAUAGCCAGUCACUUCCAGCCAAAGUCCAACUCAACCGCAACACCAUCGGGCAUGUCGCACCACAGUAAAUUCAACCCUCACCGACACCCAUUCCAACAACAUCAAUCGGUUACAUCGAAUCUACCCACCCCGAUCAGAGAACUAGUUGAUCAGUUAGUUCAGCCAAAUCCCGAGGAUCGUGCAACUCCAAAACAGCUGCUGGCAUCACCUAUAUUUCCAUCUUACUUUAAACAGAUGUAUCAUUUCCUUUGCCACUACCAUUCUCUACACACCUACGAGGAGAAGCUAACCUUCACAUUGGCAAACAUUGGUAUAGUAACAUCAUUGCCAAACGAAGCAAUGGAUUUGGUACUGCCGUUUAUCCUUGAGCUGUUCAACCAUUCAACAACCAAAGUCAGUGCACUGAUCGAUCUUCUCGAUCCGCUAUCUCAGCGGCUUGGACCACUGCUCUCACAAACCUAUUUGUUACCCUGUGUUAUCAACCUCUAUCAGUUGCAUGACGAUCAUCUCCUUCAGUGUCAUCUCAUUCAGAUUCCUCUGAUCGACAUGAUCAUCUCUAGAUUUGGACGUGAUAUCUACAUACACCACAUCCUACCGUUCCUUCUGGAUAGUGUAAAGACUAAUCCACGUGACAAUCCCAACCAUGAAAUGCUUAUCACAGCACUCAUCAACAUCUCCAAGGUUUUGGGUAUCCCACUCACCAUACGUCACAUCAUGUACCCACUGUUGGUUGCUCUUACCAAACCACAUUUACAACAUAUUAGUGAAGCAUUGAUUGCAAUCGCUUCGUUCUUGGGUGAACCGAUCAUUGUUAAAUUCUAUUUCCCAGCAAUCUUUAUAUUGAUUCAGAAGCAUUCGUCCAAAGCAACAAGAUCGGAAUCCAUUCCAUGUACAUUACUAUCACUCCUACAAGAGCUAAUCCUGCUGGUUAGACCUGGAUUGGUAUUAAGAUCACUAUUGAAAGAAUCAACUCAAUUGGCCAGUCUAUUAUUGAACCCACCAAAUCCAUCACUCCUCAUUCCACUCUCGGAAACAAUCCUUCGAAUUGCACGUAGAAUUGGUGUAAACAAUACAAAACAAUUUAUAUUAAAAUAUUUGCAACAAUUUUAUUCAAACUACUCUGAUCUUUAUACUUUUAAAGAUAAUGGAUUGAUUUCGAAUGAUACCAACAAGCAGUUGCGUGCAAUCUACUCACCAGAGAUGACCUAUCAUCUCUACUUUAGAAUGUCAAGAGUAAUUGGUUAUGAUAUUCUUAGAGCAGAGAUCAGUGAAAAUGCUCUGAUUGAGCACAUCAUGUUGCAGUACAUCAGAGAGAACAAUGUAAAGCCUGAGCCACAGACUACCUCUAUCAUUCCACCCUAUGUAUCAGAUGAUGGUUUAUUCGAUGAAAUCGAACCGUCAAUCGAUGAAAAGAUCUGUACAACCUAUAUAUUGGAUGACUACCAGGACUAUGAUGAUUUAAUCACCGACCAAACCUUCUCACUUGAGGGUAACGUUGUAGCAUUCUACAGAGAGCACACAGCAGCCAUCAAAUCGAUUGCUGUCUCACCUUCAGAAUCGAUAUUUGCUACAGGUAGCAAAGACAAUCUCGUCAAAAUCUGGUCACUCGAUAGCACUAAAUCUCUGACUACCUACAACCAACAUCCGCACACAACUCAUACCGUUCAUUUCGUAUCUUCGUUGGUUGCAUCGUGCGACUCGACAUCCAUUCACAUCUGGGAUCCCGAAAGUAAGGUGAAAGUACAUGUUUUCGUUGAACCGACAGGUAAUUUCUCAUGCUUUGAACCCAUUACCAACAAGUAUUUGGUUGCAUCUUCUGGCGACUCAAACCUUAGCUUCCUCGAUUUGAAUCUUGGUUUAGAGACACACUCUUGGAAUCUCCCAUUCCAAGGAGGCAGUUCAAUACGUUGUAUUACUACUUCAAACGAUCACUUCAUACCAAGCAACUCCAACUCGCUCAUGUCGAAUCCACCCAUUUCAUUCCCAAGUUGGAUUGCUGCAGGUUCAUCCUCUGGCGUCAUCAGUAUCCUUGACACAAGAACUGGUUCAAUUAUAGACACUUGGAAAACAGAUGGACCAAUUAUCAAAUUAAUUGGUCAGGAUUCAAGAUAUUUAAUUUCUACUUCUGAGAAAUCAGUUAUUCAAUGGGAUUUAACAACCUCACCACCUUCAAUCGCAAAGAUAUGGAAAGGUUUCAGAGAUUCUAUAUCAUCAUUGACUCUUUGGCAAAAUGAUAUUAUCACUGCCUAUGGAAGCAAGCUUUCAUCAAUGUCAUUACUUGACGACCUACAUGGAAUAUCUGGAUCCUACAGAACUGAAGGAAUCAAAUUGAACACACUCAAACAAUCGAAUAUAUCUUCAACAGCCUUCCUUCCACUUCAUCAUUUACUUCUCUGUGGUACUGAAGAUGGUCAAACAAAGAUUCCAAAGGCAUUCUACACUGAGUCAGUUUUAUUAUAUUUCGCUUUGGCAUCAAAUUAA